AUGCCUCUCAACUCCAGAGCCGUCUAUGGCCGUGAGAAUGCCGCCUUUGUACCCUUUGCCAGUCGACGCAGUACCGUUCAUAGUACAAAUGGCAUGGUCUCAUGCACCCAACCACUGGCUGCUGCGGCAGGCCAAAAGAUUUUGAGCCAAGGAGGAAAUGCUGCAGAUGCAGCCGUCGCCGUGGCGGCCGGUCUGAAUAUGACUGAACCUGGAUCCACCGGCAUUGGUGGUGAUAUGUUCUGUCUCUUCUACGAUGCCAAAACAAAGAAAGUGCAUUCUUUGAAUGGUUCGGGUCGAUACCCCGGGGCGGCCUCCUUGAAGAAAGUACGGGAAAAGCUCAAUCUGGCUCCGGGGGCCCCCGGAGAGAUUCCCAUGCUGAGUGCACUGGCAACCACUGUCCCCGGUGCCGCUGCAGGAUGGGUGGAUACCGUCGAGAAGUUUGGCAGCGGCAAGUUGUCACUUGAACAGAUUCUUCAGCCAGCAAUUGAGCUAGGUGAGAAGGGAUUUCCCGUGUCCGAGCUGUCAUCCCACGGUUGGCAAGCAAGCGAGGGGGACAUUCGUAAUGCAUCUCCCAACUUCCGAGAGAUGUUGAAAGAUGACCCAUCGGCCAAAGACGGUGUCCGAGCACCCCGCCCUGGAGAGAUCAUGAAGAACCCUACGCUGGCGAAGACGUUCCGUACACUUGCCGCCGAGGGGAAGAAGGGGUUUUACCAUGGUCGGAUUGCCAAAGCCAUUGUCAAGGUGGUGGAGGACCUGGGAGGCCUGAUGACGCUGGACGAUCUUGCGUACCAUGCCGAAGUGGGUACACAAGAGACGGAAGCCAUCUCUCUCGAAUUCACAGGUCAAGAUAUCGUUGCCAAGACGAAUAGGGGUACGGACGGUGAUGCGGACCAGGGAGUGAAAGUGUGGGAACAUCCCCCGAACGGUCAGGGCAUUGUUGCUUUGAUGGCACUGGGAAUUAUGGAGGAGUUGGAACGUCUGAACAAGAUUCCCCUAUUUACCGAGGCGCAGCACAACUCGGCUGAGUAUCUGCACGCGGUGAUCGAGUCUCUCCGCAUCGCGUUUGCCGACGCUGCCUGGUGGGUGACGGACCCAGACGCCGAGAAAGUCCCGGCCAAGGGUCUUUUAGAUCGAGAAUAUCUCGCUGAGCGCGCCAAGCUCUUCUCUCCGGAUCGGGCAGCCGAUAUUAUGGAUCACGGUAGCCCUGCACACAAUCAUUGCGACACUGUCUUCUUUGCCGUGACCGACCGCGACGGCAACGGAAUCUCUUUCAUUAACAGUAACUACGCAGGCUUUGGUACAUCCAUCAUUCCCGCCGGCUGUGGGUUUACCCUCCAGAAUCGAGGUGCCAACUUCUCGCUGGAGGCGGGACACCCCAAUGCACUUGCGCCUCGUAAGCGUCCAUACCACACCAUCAUCCCUGCUUUGAUCACCAAUGUGUCAGAUGGAUCAUUACAUUCCGUGUACGGUGUGAUGGGUGGCUUCAUGCAACCUCAAGGACAUGUUCAAGUACUUCUGAAUAUGCUGGCAUUUGGAUAUCAUCCUCAGGCGGCGCUGGAUUCUCCUCGUAUUUGCAUUGCCGCUCCUACCUCUGAAACUACGGACCGCACCAUUUAUGUCGAGGAAGGAAUCAGCGAAGAAGCAGUGAAUGGCCUUCGAAAGCUCGGUCAUCAUGUGGAGGUAUUGACCGAGUGGAAGCGAGGGAUGUUUGGUCGUGGACAAGUCAUCCGUCUUCACUACGAUGAGGGCGCCCUGGUGCACAGCGCGGGAAGUGAUCUGAGAGGCGAUGGUCUAGCUUUCCCACUCCUCUGA